GAAAAUCACCCAAAGCCCGACUAAAAAACCCUUCCCACUCUCUCAAUCUCUCACCGAAUCUCUCCCUCCUCCAUGAAACCCUUACCACCGAGUCUCACCUUCAUGGUCUUCUUCCUCUCCCUUAUACAAUAAACCCCAAAACUGUAUCUCUUCUCCCACACCAGGACCACUGAACUCUCAAUCCCCUAUCUUCUUCUUCCUACUCUCAUUUCAUGGAACAGAACCUAACCGAACCCUAGCUCCAUCUCUUUCCUCCUCCCCUUUCCACCUCCCUCCUCCAUUAACGAACCAGCAACCCUCUCUUCCUUUCUCUCAACCUCCUUCCUCCACCAUCGGAUACUCUCUCUUCGAAUAGAACCCCAUCCUCACAAUUCUCUUCUCCCCCUCUCACUCAUCGUCGCUAUCCUCUCUCGCUCCCUCAUUCUGUCAUCUUCUCUCAACCAAAAAAGAAAGAAAAAUAACAAAGAACUUCCAUUCGGCAAGAAAAGAAGAACAAAGAAGAAGAAGAGGAGAAGAAGAAAGAAGUUAAGAAGGAAAAGGUCUGCUCGCCCCAAGGAUAAAGAAGAAAAGCUCUCCCAUUUGUUCCAAGAAAGAAGGUGAAGGAAAGCCCUUCCUACCCCAUUCGGUCAGGUAAAGAAACCCCAACCCCUCCAACCCUCUCUCUCUCUCUUUCAUCGUAAUCACUCUCUUUCUUUCUCUCCAAAAUCUCUCUCUAGCUCUCUCACCCCUACACCUAAACCGAAAAUCACAUACUCUUUCACCCUUCAUCACCUUCUACUUCGCCAACCGAAAUCCACUCAUUCACCCAUCACCCUCAUCUUCGUAUUUCUCAACCCCAAACCAAAAUGUAACUCCAUCAAAACCCUAGUUCUGUUAACCCCAAAACUGAAUCAUUUUUCUUCCUUUCCACUAUCUUCCCUUCUCAUAGCCUAAAAACUCCCAAUUUGGUCAUGUGGAAAAGGCAAGGAGGAUAAAAGAACAACAAGAAAGACAUUCAGCCCAAAAGUCUUAGGGUCGAGUUAAUCCCAAGAACAAAGCAAGGAAGGAAAUUCAACCAUUGCAUUUGUGCAAACCCGAAGUCAAUAUUUCAGCAUCAUCCACUCUACAAAGUGCUUGAUCAAAGGCCACAAAGAGCAGGGAAAGGAACUCUGACGGAGGGACAACAGCUAACGACCGCCGACCAGAUCUGCCGGAGUCUUCCGGCGAACAGCAGUCCGUCGGCCAUGGAGCAGCMAUCAUCCCCAAGUACAGCAGGCUGGAGUUCCCAUCGUACAACGGCAACGGAGACCCCCUAGGCUGGUUGUAUCGCUGCGAGCAGUUCUUCCGGAAUCAAYGGACAAAUGACCAGGACAAGGGUACGUGGUUAUGGAGGAAAGCCUUGCUAAGAAGCUCUACCCAUCAGUGGAAACAAUAAAGCCCUUGAAUGGGGAAAUAGGUGAUGUGUCAACCUGCAUCAGUCACCAGAGUGAUUCAUAUGAGUGUGAUGACAGUGACUUGUGGGGUGAAGAUGAGAGUCUAUGUGAUGGUUCUGACAAUGGACUCAAUAAGGCAUCUGAAUUGGACAGGGAAUGGCAAAGGAGGCACAAUGAAUUCCAUACAAUUGGCUACCGCGAUGGUCUAAUGGCUGGGAAGGAAACUUCUGCACAGGAGGGGUUCAAUAUUGGUUUUAAACAAUCUGUACUUGUCGGAUACAACUGGGGCAUUGUUAGAGGAAUUACAAGUGUACUAGCUUGUCUACCGGAUGGCCUAAAACAGAAGCUGGUUGAAACAUUAGAAAAGAGAGAGAAGUUGCAAUCCUUGUAUGAAUCUGUGCAUUCCAUUUCAAGUAUCGGUGCACUUAAAUUGUUCCACGAGGACAUCUUGGCUAGCAGUUCAGGAGAUGGUGUUGCCAAUUUGGGAGGAAACUCCCAUGAAGAAACUACACCAGAAAAACCUUUGAGUCCUUGUCAACUUGGAAGGUACUUUGGGGAGCUUGAAUCACUUCUCCAUGAAUCUCCUGCAAUUCAAGUCCAAAUGGCAGCAGAUUUGAAGAAUGUAGGAUGAAACUCACAUACAACCAAGACUUUAUUUUCAAAUGGCAUCCUAGAGUUUGUACUUCAAAUAAUUAUUUUCGCAUGAGGAAUGCUUGUCAAAGCAACUUUGUAAAGGGGUUUAUUUGUAAAUUUUCUUUAUUAUUUUUUAGUACAUGGGUUAGUGGGAAUUAAGGUAAUACUAGUUCAUAUUUGAAUCCAUUUCAUUGAAACGGCGGUACUAUACAUCAUUCAACUCUUGCUGUGCAACUUA